GUGUGUAAGCGAAGUGAGUUGCGUGUAAAACAAGAAGAAGCAGCAACAAACAAAAACUAAGGCCAAGUGUUUAGCUGAAGUCGUAUUUAUUUAGGGCAUGCGAAAAAACCAUUUAGCGGUCACAAAAACCAACGAAAAAUCAAUAGUCGAGAGUGUAAGCAGCAGAAAAUAUACAAAAAAUAAAGCAAUAGCAAAAGCGUGCAAACAAGUUAAGCAACAAACGCUGCAAAAGUUAACAGUUAACUGCUAAACGAAACAGCAACAACAACAACAACAACAACAAACGCAAAGCCAGAGCUUACGUAAAAAGCUCGCACGAAACUGUAAAUGCAACUGCAACUGCAUACGAAAUAAUCAAUCUGCCAUUAUUAAAAAAAAAAAUUAAAAAAACAUAAUAAUUAUCAACGAAUUAAAGAGUACAACAAAGCGCAAAGAAUAACAGAAAUAAAAGUAACGGUAAAAAUCAACUAGUUGACAGCAUGACGAAAGACAGAUUGGCCGCCUUGCAUGCCGCGCAGUCGGACGAUGAGGAGUCGGAGGAUGUGGCCGUCAAUGUGGAUGGCCAUGAUUCGUAUAUGGAUGAUUUCUUUGCCCAGGUGGAGGAGAUACGCGGCAUGAUUGACAAGGUCCAGGACAAUGUUGAGGAGGUGAAAAAGAAACAUUCGGCCAUAUUGUCGGCACCACAAUCCGAUGAGAAGACCAAACAGGAACUGGAGGAUCUAAUGGCCGAUAUCAAGAAGAACGCGAAUCGUGUGCGCGGCAAACUCAAGGGCAUCGAACAGAACAUUGAGCAGGAGGAGCAACAGAAUAAAUCAUCGGCCGAUUUGCGUAUACGCAAAACGCAACAUUCGACAUUGUCCCGUAAAUUUGUUGAGGUCAUGACCGAAUAUAAUCGCACCCAGACCGAUUAUCGGGAGCGCUGCAAGGGCAGAAUACAGCGUCAGCUGGAGAUCACAGGUCGUGCGACCACCAACGAGGAGCUCGAGGAUAUGCUCGAGCAGGGCAAUUCCGCCGUCUUCACCCAGGGCAUCAUCAUGGAAACGCAGCAGGCCAAGCAAACGCUGGCCGACAUUGAGGCACGGCAUGCGGACAUCAUGAAACUGGAGACGUCCAUCAAGGAGCUGCACGACAUGUUCAUGGACAUGGCCAUGCUGGUCGAGUCCCAAGGCGAGAUGAUCGAUCGCAUCGAGUAUCAUGUGGAGCACGCCAUGGACUAUGUCCAGACCGCAACUCAGGAUACCAAAAAGGCGCUCAAAUAUCAAAGCAAAGCGCGACGAAAGAAGAUCAUGAUACUCAUCUGUUUGACCGUCUUGGGUAUCUUAGCGGCUGCCUAUGUUAGCAGUUAUUUCAUGUAAAUGCAAUUACUUAAACACACACACACACACACACACACAUACACUUAGACACACAUAGAUACACACACACACACACACACACUCGAUGUCUGUUUAGGAUGUUGUGCAACCCACCCAGAAAUGAUUCAAUACAAAGUUUAAGCGACCCUUGCCAGUGAGCUACACACCCACACACACACACACACACUUGAUAAUUUAGGCUCUAUAAUUAACAAGAGAUAAACAAUAUAUACAUAUAUACAUAUAUAUAUAUAUAUGAGAACGCAUUAUAUAGCUAAUUUGUAUUAGUUUAGAAAAGUCUUGAGUCUAGCGGCAAAAGUGCGCAUAUUUGUUGUUAUUGGGCGCAGGAUAUGUAUAUCCUUAUGCUCAACACACACACACACACACAAUAAUAUAUAUAUAUAAUAUGUAUAUGUAUAUAUUAGAAGCCGAUUUAAACACAAAACCGAACAAACCAAACGAGAAGCAAUUAAUAGAGUCUAAAGAAAAA